UCCUUUGCUGGAUUUUUCUUAGCUGGACGCCGAUCAUCCUUUACAAGCUUCUUUGAUUUCACACUCAAUUUUCUUUUUUUCUUAUUUCUCUCAACAGAUUCUUCCUCACUUUCUUCUUGGUCAGAAUACUCCUCACUUCCCUGCUCAUCAUCACCCUCAUCCUCUUCUGAACCCUCCUCAUCAUCACCACCAUCCUCUUCUGAACCCUCCUCAUCAUCACCUCCACCCUCUUCUGAACCCUCCUCAUCAUCACCUCCACCCUCUUCUGAACCCUCCUCAUCAUCACCUCCACCCUUUUCUGAACCCUCCUCAUCAUCACCUCCAUCCUCUUCUGAACCCUCCUCAUCCUCACUUUUAUCCUCCAUCACUGCACCCUUCUUUACUGCAGCCUCCUUCACUGCACCCUUCUUUACUGCAGCCUCCUUCACUGCACCCUUCUUUACUGCAGCCUCCUUUACUGCACCCUUCUUUACUACAACCUCCUUCACUGCACCCUUCUUUACUGCAACCUCCUUUACUGCACCCUUCUUUAUUGCACCCCCCUUUACUGCAGCUUCGUUCACAACACCCUUCUUUACUGCAACCUCCUUUACUGCAGCCUCCUCUACACUACCUCCCUUCUUUCCACCCUUCUCCACAUCAACAUUAACUUCAUUGCUUACAUCAUUAGCACCUAUAGAAAAUAAUAGUAUUAAAUUGAAAAUCAUAACUUUAACUAAAAAAAGUAUAACUACAACUAUAAUUAACAUAACUUUUAUAAAACAAUCAGACAUAUGA